CCCUAUCAGUUCAUUCUCUCCUUCCCCACCUCUCUCUCCACUCCUCUCUCCCAGUUCUCCGAUGAUGUCUCUGCUGGAACGCCUGCGCUCCCCGCGGCUCACCUUCGUGCUGACGUUGGUGUCACUGCUGCUGGGCACGGCGGCCGUCAUCGCCCCCUUCUGGGUGGAGGGCAGCCAGAAGAUGCCCAAGCCCCUCUGCUCCCCUGUCAAGAAGCUCAUGUGCAUCCAGGUGGAGGACCUGAGCAAUGGCACGGCCGCUGAUGAUACGUUCUCCUGGGAGACGGGCGAUGACCGCUUCGUCUUCCCCACCUUUCACUCAGGCCUGUGGGUCACCUGCCAGGAGAACAUCCUCAAGGAUGCCUACGAAGAGAAAUGUCGCAGCUUCAAUGCUCUUACUCCCGCAUCAGAGAGAGGAAUUCUAUGGCUGUCGGUGGUCAUGGAGCUCAUGUACAUAGGCCUGCUGUUGAUCAGCUCCAUGUUGCUGCUGCUACAGUUGUGUCUGUCUGCCUGGUUCCCUGCUGCACAGCGCUGGGGUCAGCUGGUCAAUGCCUACUCUGCAGUUUUCACUGUGCUAGGCGGGCUGCUUGGCAUGGUGGCUCACAUGAUGUUUAUGCAGGUUUUCCAUGUCACUGUUUCCACUGGGCCAGAGGACUUCAAACCACACAGUUAUUUCUAUUCCUGGGGUUUCUACGUGGCCUGGGUCGGCUUCUUGUUCUGCAUGUCCUCGGGCGUCUCCACGCUCAACAACUACACCAAGAAGGUCAUCAUGCGGGGGCCCAAGCACAAGUCCCUGGUCUACCCCUGCCGCAACUUCACCUUUCCCCCGCAGCCCCCGCCCACCACCUACUACAGCCUCCCUCCCCCUCCGCCCUCGGUCCCACCUCCGUCGCCCCCCUCCCCGCCCCUGUCUCCCCUCUCCCCGUACUACAACACCUCCCCUGGGGACACCCUGGCCUCUCCCCUCCCCGAGCUCCAGCAGCAGCAGCAGCAGCAGCAGGAGGAGCAGGAGCAGGAGCAGGAGCAGGAGCAGGAGCAGCAGCGCUGGGAGCAUCAGGAGCGGCAGCAGCAGCUGCUGCAGCACCAGGCCUCCAUGCCUCCCGCGCUGCAUCCCUUGCAGCACCCGUACUACUCCAGAGCCGCCCACUCCUCCCCCUCCAUUUCGCCGUCUGUGUCCGGCCACAGCUACACACUACAAUACUCCGAGGAGGAGUACAGCCCACUCUGAUUGGCCUACGUAACCCCACCACCAUCACUACUGUACCAACCCUCAACACAACUACCCCAGUCUGGCCCUGAGCCUUGUCUGCAAUGAGUGGACAACACACAUGUGGUUAUAAUUCUCACUAAUGUAAGACUGAAAAAGUCUGGCGACGGCACGGUUUCUUUUUCUGGGCCAUUUAUGAUGUAGUAUGUAAAGUAGCAAUAUGUUUACGUUUCUCUUGUACUGUUUAUGGUUAUGCAUAGAUAAAACAUAGCACAACUACAAGGGUGAAUGGACCUCUCUCUCAACUGGGAUUCAAGUGUGUGUGCUAGCCCCAACAUGACUUCUGUUUUCUCCUGCGAAUCAGAUCAAAUGUCAUGCUGUGUAGAGAGUGAACACUUUUGGCCAUUUCUAACCCCUACUGUUUUCCCAUAAUAAAGAGAGUUAAGACACGAGUCAUU